UCUGGGGAGGUAAGCACAGAGAGGGGCUGGAGUGCGCGCAAAGAGGCGGAGACUUGUUUCUCUCUCGGACUGUGAGGCUUGCAGAGCGAGCGGCACCGUUCGCGGACAUACGGCGAGCAGGGAACCGGGCAGGUACGUCGCGUUGUCUAGCGAGGUGUGCAUGUCUAUCCCUGGAAUAAUAUCGACCUGUGAAAUCAGAAGGAUUGCUGGUUGCCGAAAUAAAGACUUGUAUGGGCCAGAGCGAUCAGAAUACAUAAGAAAACAAGAUUUGUGGAUCACAUGAAUGAAUUAGGCAGCUGCCGUGAUCAACAGAUGACUUGCAAAGCUUUUAAGCAAGAUGUCGUCUGUUACUGAAAAUGGAGUUGGAGUGGCGGGGAAACCAGGUGGGGAGAAAACGUACAAAAAGACAACAUCUUCUGCACUGAAGGGAGCUAUCCAGCUGGGAAUAGGCUACACAGUUGGGAACCUGACCUCUAAGCCAGACAGAGAUGUUCUCAUGCAAGAUUUUUAUGUGGUGGAAAGCGUGUUUUUACCAAGUGAAGGCAGCAACCUGACGCCCGCUCAUCACUACCCAGACUUCCGGUUCAAAACCUACGCUCCCUUGGCGUUCCGCUACUUUCGAGAGCUUUUCGGGAUCAAGCCGGAUGAUUACUUGUACUCCAUUUGCAGUGAGCCUUUAAUAGAACUAUCCAACCCUGGAGCGAGUGGCUCUUUGUUUUAUUUAACCAGUGACGAUGAAUUCAUCAUCAAGACUGUACAGCACAAAGAAGCCGAGUUUCUUCAGAAAUUGCUUCCAGGUUAUUACAUGAACUUGAACCAGAAUCCAAGGACACUCCUGCCGAAGUUUUAUGGUCUUUAUUGUGUGCAGUCUGGGGGCAUAAACAUCAGACUGGUGGUGAUGAACAAUGUGCUGCCUCGCUCAGUCAAGAUGCACUACAAGUAUGACUUGAAGGGUUCGACAUACAAGCGCAGAGCUUCGCGGAAGGAAAGAGAGAAGUCAUCUCCCACUUUCAAAGACUUGGAUUUCUUACAGGACAUGCACGAAGGCCUGUACUUUGAUGCAGAGACUUACAAUGCCUUAAUGAAAACCCUCCAGCGGGACUGUCGGGUUCUGGAAAGCUUUAAGAUCAUGGACUACAGUUUGCUGCUAGGAGUUCACGUGCUGGAUCAGUGCCCGAAGGAGAGGGACGGGGAUAAUGCACAGGCGGCAGGGGAUGGGAAGCGCCCAGGAGCCCAGAAGGUGCUGUACUCCACCGCUAUGGAGUCCAUCCAAGGAGGAGGCAAGUCCGGGGAAGCAGUGACCACUGAUGACACAAUGGGGGGCAUUCCUGCCAAAACACACAAGGAUGAAAAGCUUCUUAUCUUCCUUGGUAUUAUUGACAUUUUACAGUCGUACAGGUUGAUUAAGAAGCUGGAACACUCCUGGAAGGCUCUUGUAUACGAUGGUGAUUCGGUGUCAGUACAUAGGCCUGGCUUCUACGCAAACAGAUUUUUAAAAUUCAUGAGUACUAGGGUAUUCAAGAAGAUACACACUAUCAAAUGCUCUCCCUCGAAGAGAGCGCGGAACUCCAUCCCAGCGCUGAAGGCGUCCUCGCAGGAGAUCCUGUCCUCCCCGAACGAAGAGCGGUCCGAGGAGAGGAAGGACAGGCUCAGUGGCGCCCGAAGCCUCGCCAGCCUGGAUGGACAAGUGUUUGGGUCCUAUCUUCAGCCUGACCUCGUUCCACAGCCUCCGGCUCUGUUUGAAGCCGCCUCCAUGGUAACCACCAUCUCGUCCUCUUCCUUAUACGGCAACGAGCCCUGCCUGGCGGGUGACCCCGACGACUCCGCCUACAGAGAAAUGUUGGCCUCCAGUUCCACGUUUACCUUAGAGGACAGUGCUAUCUGUCUGACAUCGGAACAGAGCACGCUGGAUAUUGACAAAGAUGAUGGCUCAGUGCUUGAUGUCUACUUGUAAUCUGUGACAGCCAGCUUACCAUCGGAUAAUUGCAUUUUAUCCACUCCAGUGUCCUGGAAACACAGGAACAGUCUCUCCCCUAGGGACCAACACUGAGGACACUCCACUGGACACUGUGUAGUCUUCAUGCAAACCAGCGGCCCCAUCCCAACAGCCCUGUCUGGUGGUCACGUGCCCAACAUCCAUAUCAGAGCUGCUAUGUUCUUCUAACAUGAAUUAUUGCCAAUUCAUCAUAGACAAGGAAAGAAAGACUGGAAUCAUCACUUUGGUGUAAAUCGGUUUAGAUUACAUGUGAUUUCAUUUGCAUGUGUUUAGAUCCAGAUAAGAGUGAAUAUUGUUAUUUUGCUUCUUAGGGCUUGCCAAAUCUGUCCUUCAAUGCCAAAAGCUUUUACUAUAUUUCUUUUCACUUAUAUAUAUAUAUGUGUGUGUAUUUGUUUGACUGAAGGUUUUGUUUUCUGCUGGUUGAAACUGAUUUAUGCAAUUUAAUAUUGUUGCACAUGCUUUAUAGAAGCCUGCUUUAAGAAAUGAAGUUUACACUGGUGGUUUCUUAGAAAAGCAGAAUGGUUAUUUUAUUAAAACUGCACUAUCCCUUUCUAAAGGAUAAAUUAGGCUAAAUUUGAUAUAUACCUGCAGGCACUCCAAAGGCUUUGCUAAAUUCUUCCAAUGCCAGUCAAAUGCAAAUAUGUGUAAUUAUGAUGUGUUGUAAAUAGUAUCGUCCAAUUGUUAUAUUUAAUAUAUUAUAAGAGACAUUUGAAAAUUCCAUUGUCUGGGACAGUCUGCCCAUACAUAAUGUGAAAUGUUUAACACUGCUGAAAUUAAUGAGGUUUUGCCUAAAGUUUUCUGAAAUGUCAGAAAUAUUGAAAUAUUAUUAAUUGGAAUGGGAAUGGGUUCAGAAAUCAUAACACAGCAUUGAGCACUGCACAAAUUAAAAAUAUUUCACCAGUGCUUAGAUCAAAAGUUGAGCUUUACUAGUAAAGAUAACUAAAUAGAUGGACUAGAGAAAUAUUAACUUACUGGUUAGGUGAGUACCAUUUCUGUUUGCACAAGAGAAGGUUUUGGUGGUAUUUUUUUACCAUGUCACAAAGUAUAUUUUCUCAGGAUACUUCAUCGAAAGGUAUCUUUAUAUCACGUAGCAAAGACUAA